AUGGGCAAGCUCACGUCGACCAUCGGUAUUCCAAUCAAACUUUUGAAUGAAGCGCAAGGCCAUGUUGUCACUCUCGAACUCACAUCGGGCCAGGUGUAUCGCGGCAAGCUUUUGGAAGCCGAAGACAAUAUGAACGUGCAGCUCAAAGACAUCACAGCGACAGCGAGGGACGGCAGAGUAUCACAUCUUGACCAGGUAUACAUACGAGGGAGCCACGUUCGAUUUUUCAUCGUGCCAGACAUGCUACGAAAUGCGCCUAUGUUCAAGAGCAGAGGGACAAGAGGUCGUGGUGUCGGUCUGGCAAGAGGACGAGCGACAGUCAACAGAGCGAGAGCUGGUCGACGAGGCUGA